AUGAUGUUCUAUCUGAACACUAACAUGGCAAUAGCAUUGGUCCCAUUACUGGCAACUUUAGUGGAAUCAUCGGAAGAAGUGAAUCAUCACAUGCUGCAAUGUCUACAUGCCACUGCAAUGAGGCACUUCACACCAAUGAGUGACAUAAUGGUUGCAUCUGACAAUACUUGGUUUUCAGAGAAACAUGGGACAGUAGUAAAGAAAAGUGCACAAAUAACUAUGCCUUAUUUGGAAACUGACUUUUGGAAGGAACUUCUACAAGACUUGCAUGAAACUGAAAUAUGGUCUUUAUCGCUUCAUUUACAAAAUAAAUCAGGCAAAAAGGAGGUAUUACCAAGGAAACAUGGGAACUACAUUAUAAUAUCACCAUAUCAUGAUCAUGAAGCUGUAGUCACAGACAUAUCACACCAGAUAAAGAAACUCAGUAACAGCUGGGAUUGGAAUCCAAGGGCUAAAUUUGCAGUACUUCUACAAAGAAUACAUAUGCAAGAAAAUUCAACGCAACAGCUAGCUGCAGAUAUUUUUGCAGACUUGUGGCUAAGCAGAGUCGUGAAUGCGGUGGUUAUGGUUCCCACUCCGAACAAGCACAGUAAUGCAAUGGGCACUGCUCCUGCACUACAGAUGUAUACAUGGUUCCCGUAUCAACCACCUGGUCACUGUGCAGAUGUUAGAGAUGCUGUUCUUCUGGAUCAAUGGGUUGUUGACAGUAAAGGUAAUGGAAAAUUUCAUUAUAACAUACCACUCUUUCCAAAUAAAAUCCCCACGAAUUUUCAUGGUUGCCCUGUAACAGUUUCUGUUUUUGAGUUUGAACCUUCUGUGAUGAAAGAAUCUUCAGCAAGCACCACAUUUGAUGAGGGAACAGGAAUAAGACUGCUGCACGAGAUCGUUCGCAAGGGAAAUAUGUCUGCUGUUUACCUCGAACCAUCACAUGCUGAGCAUUGGGGUUUGCCUUAUGGCAAUGGAUCAUGGUCAGGAGGAUUAGGUCAGGUCAUAGGGGGUCAAGCAGACCUUCUGGCAGCCUAUUCUUAUUAUAGAUGUCAUAUAAUAAACGAAAUAGAAUGUUCGAUUCCUUACUUCAUUGACCAAAUUAGGUGGUACAUUCCUUGUGCCAUGCCUUACCCCCGGUGGAUGAGCCUCACCAGGGUGUUCUCCCCAUCCCUCUGGCUGUCAUUUUUGGCAGUCUACAUUGUUUUCGCCCUCCUCAUGUGGCAGGCUGUGACGGUAAGCAAUCGAUUCUCCUUACAGUCAACAAACAACCAUGCCUAUACCAGUUUAAUCAAGUGCCUCUUCAAUUUCUGGGCAGUCAUCUUGGAGCAGUCUAUUUCAAACAACCCCCCACGCAUAGCUGCCAUCAGAGUUGUAUUGCUUGUGUGGGUGCUGUUCUGUAUGUCAAUGAACACUGUCUACCAAACGUACCUAACAAGCUUCUUGGUAGAUCCCGGUCUUCAACACCAGCUAUCCUCUGCUGACGAAGUCUUCAACUCUGGCAUGGAAUUUGGUUUUCCAUUCCGCUGGAAACCAUUCCUAACAGACCUGUCUGGUGAUCGUUACCGUCAUACACACAACUGCAAAAGCUUUAGGGAAUGCCUCAACAGAACUUCCUUUACGCAUAAUUUUGCCUUCAUGGGCUCUGCUAUUGCUACAGACUACAUGAUUGCUGCUGAAUUCACUAGCAGUGAUGGGAAGCCACUGGUAUGUUCAUUUGAUCAGAUCUUCACAAUCCAGUUGGCACUCAUGACAGUUACAAAGGGCUUCAUCUUUCUGGAUUAUUUAAAUCGCAUUGUUUCACAACUGAUGGACGCUGGUGUCAUUGAGCACUGGUCAGACAAUAUCAAAUUUACUGCAAUUCUAGCUUCUGCCACAGAAAUGGACUUGCUGGCUGGUGAAUACACUCAACUGACCUUGCUACACAUUCAGUCGGCCUUCUACUUUCUGUUCUUAGGAUAUACAGUCGCAACUAUUGCUUUCCUUCUAGAGCUUACCAGGUACGUCAAGCAACUGGUAUGUACGCCUAAACGCAAAUGAUGUUGGUUCACCGAUAUAGCCCACAUACAAACUACUGCACCUCAUCUAAUGCAACUAGAAAAUUAACUGUCAACACAUACCAAAGCAAGAUCUAUAAAGCACACCAUCAAUCUCAACUCUGCAUCAGAAACUUAAUACCAAUAACUAACAUACUGCUUCACAUACCACCAAUGAAGUGAGGGCAAUUAUGACUAAUGAAAGGGUAAAGAUAGAUAAAGCACUUGAGCCUAUUACAGCAAGUUAUUUUAGUACUUAUGUCCACAACAGAAUAAAACCGUGAAAAUUCUCAGAACAGUUACUUUAAUGGCCAGCAUAUAAAAUAGCUACCUCAUAGAUAAGAGGCAAAUAUAUUACCACUGAAAUAAACUAUUCAGUGGAUCACUAAUUUGUUUUACAAGAUAUGAUUUUAAAAAUCUUGCAAAUCCAAAAGGGCUUUCCGUAUAGCAUUAAAAAUGAGAUUAAAUCUAAAAGUAGUUUGUAAACUUCAGCAUAUGUCUGCAUGCUCUGUAAGACAACUCACUGGUAACAAUGGACAGAUAACAAUGUGGAUUCACACACUAAGUUUUCUUAAUCAUAAUGCAGCCUACCAAUGUUUGUUGCAAAGAUGGCAUAAAAAGAAGUAACUGUGUACCUCUCACAUUUUUAUAGAAAUGAACUUGCUAUCUUUAACAUCCUUGCCAUCUCUAUGUAAGGCCAAAUAGCAUAUUGGACUAAAAAUUUCAAGCUUCCAGCAUGGCAACUGAGUAGAUCACGAACAUGGUUGCGCCAGGGAAGAACGUGACGCCAAUUUUAUUGUCUCACUGCUGUCCAGGCACUUCUUUUAAGCAACUGAUUUGAGACAUGUUAUAGCUCAUGCAAGUUUUGAAAUUUUCACUGGUGACUGUCAGAUUGUCUGGCUCAGUCUGUUGAUAUAAAAGUUUGAGACACUCUGUACCUCCAUUUUUAAGUUCAACCCCGAAGAUGGAUCCACCAUGUUAAAUUUCUCAUCUUUGAAAUGGAAGCAACAGUUU